GCUCUGUUACAGAGAACAGGAAAGGAGGAGGAAGCUAAAAUGGCAGCAUCAACUGUGCAAUGUUUGACGGGAAAAGGUGUCUUCAGGAAGCAAAUUGACAUCUAAUAUUACAUGUGGAAUUUGUUGUCAGGGAAAAGCACACUAUCCAGGGAUUCGAAACGCAUUGUGUUGCAGUUUGAAUUACCCUCAUCAUGACUUAAACUUGUGGACCAAAGUGGAGUACUAGCUCUUAAGCUGUGAGCAUUUAUUUUACACUGGGUAUGUAAGGGAGUCUGCCUUACUAGGAUCAGCUUGUGGUUAAGCAAAGAUUUACUGCUGGGAUCGGUACUUGGUGAAACGGUGAUUUGUGGCAGCAGCCAGUCUGGCUUUGUAAAGAUUUUGACGGAUGUGCAGGUGUGUUCUAUGUCCUUGCGGCCCCGUUUUGGCUGUCCAGAUUAUUUCCUCAUGAAAUUGACCAAAUAACACCUAUAUUUGUCACGGACCUUCACCGGAGGAGAGGGAGGAUGUCUGCAGCGGUGACUGGGAUUGCAGGGGCUGGGGGUACGAGACCCAGUGCAGCGGCAGGACUCCCAGCCACCUUACCCCCCUGGCCGCCAGCAGAUUUCCCGGCUGUGCCGGGCUUCGGCGGGACCAUUGGAGAGCGUGCAACGGAGUGUCGGAGUCGUUAUCAAUUGCUGCUCUCUGGGCGAGCUCUUGCAGAGAAAUACCGACAGAUCUAUACUGCAUCCAUCAGCGAUCAAGGAUACCAUCUGGGCAGGAAUAAAAAAAUUUUAAGCAAGAAGAAAAUGAAAAAGAAACAGAAAACAAAAUCCAAAGGGAAAUCUCGAACCAAGACUGAAAACUUGGAAAGCAUUCCUGUGGUGCCAGAUAUAAAGUUACAUAGCAAUCCUUCUGCAUUCAAUGUGUAUUGCAGUGUGCGGCACAGUGUACUGGAAUGGCAGCGGAAAGAGGCUUCUCUGGCCUUGGCAUCCAGAAGUUCUGUGCAAAGUGGAGAUUCUGAGAGUGAUGAGGAAGAAGAAUCCAGAGAACCACCUGUCAAACUUCCAAAAAUCAUUGAAAUUGGGCUCUGUGAGGUUUUUGAGUUGAUCAAGGAAACCAGAUUUGCCCACCCAUCCUUAUGUUUACGGAGUUUGCAAGCAUUGUUGAAUGUACUGCAGGGUCAGCAACCUGAAGGUCUACAGUCUGAGCCACCUGAAGUUCUUGAAUCCCUUUUUCAGCUUCUUUUAGAAACAACUGUGCGAAGUACUGGGACAAAUGACAGUAAUGGACAAUUGCUUACUGCACUCUCUUGUGCUUGCCUGUUCAGUUUGGUGGUGUCUUGGGGCGAUACAGGAAGAAUACUGCAAGCUAUAUCAGCCAUCCUUACGAACAAUGGCAGCCUUGCUUGUCAGAAUAUUCAAGUACCCCUAAUCUUGAAUUCACUACAAAGGAGUGUACAAGCUGUAUUAGUGGGGAAGAUCCAGAUCCAGGACUGGCUGAGUAGUGGUAUAAAAAAGAUGGCUCUAAUGCACAAAUGGACCCUAAAAGAAGUACCUGUGGAGGACAAUGAGCAGUGCUUGUUGCAGAGUGACGGGUCUUUCCUUUACCUUCUGUGCAAAGAUGGACUUUACAAAAUUGGCUCAGGCUACAGUGGGACUGUGCGGGGUCACGUGUACAAUUCCACCUCUCGGAUCAGGAAUAGACCAAAUAAGUCGUGGCUAGGAUAUGCACAGGGAUAUCUACUGUACAGAGAUUUGAGCAGCCAUAGUACAACAGCACUGAGGAUAAAUCCAGAAACAUUGGAACAAGAUGGAGCUGUGAUUAUGCCAGGAUGUCACACUGAAGGGCAGAAUAUACUUUUUACAGAUGGAGAAUAUAUCAAUCAAAUUGCGGCUUCUAAAGAUGAUGGCUUUGUUGUUCGAAUAUUUGCGAGUGGCACUGAGCUGGUACUUCAACAAGAACUGCAGCUUAAACUGGCUCGCAAGUGUCUUCAUGCUUGUGGCAUCUCUCUUUUUGAUUUGGAAAAGGAUUUGCAUAUCAUCAGCACAGGGUUUGAUGAGGAAUCUGCUGUUUUGGGUGCAGGUCGGGAAUUUGCCCUCAUGAAAACAUCUGGAGGAAAGAUAUAUUACACUGGAAAAUACCAGAGCCUUGGAAUCAAACAGGGAGGCCCUUCAGCUGGAAAAUGGGUUGAACUGCCUAUCACCAAGUCACCCAAGAUUAGCCAUUUCUCUGUUGGACAUGACGGCUCCCAUGCUUUACUUGUAACUGAAGAUGGAAGUGUAUUCUUCACUGGCACUGCUAGUAAAGGCGAAGAUGGGGAAUCCACAAAAGGUAGACGUCAGUCAAAGCCAUAUAAACCCAAGAAGAUGGUUAAAAUGGAAGGCAAAAUUGCAGUUCAUACAGCUUGCAACAAUGGCAGCAGCUCAGUGGUCACCAAAGAUGGAGAGCUGUACAUGUUUGGAAAAGAUGCCAUCUACUGUGACAGUUCAUGUGUAGUAACUGAUUUGAAGGGUCAUAUUGUGACUCAGAUAGCCAUGGGAAAAGCUCACACGUGUGCUCUGACAAAGAAUGGAGAAGUCUGGACAUUUGGUGUUAACAAUAAGGGGCAGUGUGGAAGAGACACAGGCAUUAUAAGCCAAGGAGGGAAAGGAUUUGGAGUUGAGAAUAUGGCUACAGCAAUGGAUGAAGAUCUGGAAGAAGAGCUUGAUGAGAAGGAGGAGAAGUCAAUAAUGUGCCCACCAGGAAAUCAUAAGUGGAAGUUGGAACAGUGCAUGGUGUGUACAGUAUGUGGUGAAUGCACAGGAUAUGGUGCUAUUUGUGUCAGCAGUGGACGCCCUAACAGAUUGCCAGGAGGAGUCUGUGGCUGUGGCUCUGGUGAGUCUGGCUGUGGAAUUUGUGGAUGCUGUAAAGCAUGUGCCAGAGAACUAGAUGGCCAGGAGGCAAGGCAGAGAGGAGUACUUGAUGCCGUUAAGGAAAUGAUGCCUUUAGAUCUCCUGCUGGGAGUAAACAUUGAAGACCAUAUCCAAUUGCGACAAGAAGAAAAGGGACCGCUCAUCAAUAGAAGACACAGACUUGAAGAAGAAAGAGGCCCCCUUGUACUCCCUGGUCCCAAUUUUAUGAACCAUCGAGAGCAGGCCAUAGCCAGACUAAGAUCCUUGCCAGCUCAGCUAAAGCAUAAGCGGAACAAGCACAAAGAAGGGAGCGGAGAACGAGGAGAGAAGGAUGCUAGCAAAAUCACAACAUACCCUCCCGGUAGUGUCCGAUUUGAUUGUGAACUUAGAGCUGUUCAGGUCAGCUGUGGAUUUCAUCAUUCAGUGGUUCUAAUGGAAACUGGAGAUGUUUACACCUUUGGAUAUGGACAACAUGGACAGCUGGGACACGGUGAUGUUAACUCCAGAGCAUCUCCAACACUUGUACAAGCUUUACCUGGACCAAGUAUUCAGGUAGCUGCGGGUAGUAAUCAUACAGCUGUUCUUCUACUGGAUGGACAAGUCUUCACAUUUGGAAGUUUUUCUAAAGGGCAGCUUGGCAGACCUAUCUUGGAUAUGCCAUACUGGAAUGCAAAGCCAGCACCUAUGCCAAACAUCGGGGCAAAGUAUGGACGAAAGGCUACAUGGAUUGGAGCAAGUGGAGACCAGACAUUCCUAAGAAUUGACGAAGCACUUAUCAACUCUCAUGUACUGGCUACAUCAGAAAUUUUUGCUUGCAAACACAUCAUAGGUUUGGUACCUGCAUCAAUAUCAGAACCACCUCCAUUUAAAAGUCUUCUGAUCAACAAAGUUGAUGGUAGCUGCCGGACAUUUAGUGACUCCGAACAGGAGGAUCUGCAGGGUUUUGGAGUAUGCCUGGAUCCCGUCUAUGAUGUCAUAUGGAGGUUUAUUUCUCAUUCUAAAGAACUCUGGUGUUACAAUGCCGUCAUCGCUGAUGCAAGGCUUCCUUUAACUUCUGACAUGCAAUCUAGAUGCAGCAUCUUAAGCCCAGAGCUUGCUUUACCCAUUGGACCAAAGGCUUCUACAACUAGGUCGCAUGCAGCACUCCACAUUCUAGGUUGCCUUGAUACUUUGGCUGCAAUGCAGGAGUUAAAAAUGGGAGUUACCAGCACAGAGGAAGAAACACAGGCAGUUACAAAGGUGUAUUCAAAGGAAGAUUACAGCGUGGUUAAUAGGUUUGAGAGUCAUGGUGGUGGUUGGGGUUAUUCUGCACAUUCAGUGGAAGCUAUUCGAUUUUGUGCAGAUACAGACAUUUUACUUGGAGGCCUUGGUCUAUUUGGAGGGCGAGGUGAAUAUACAGCAAAGAUUAAAUUGUUUGAGAUUGGGCCAGAUGGAGGUGAUCUUGAAACUGACGGAGACCUUCUCACUGAAACUGAUGUCUUGGCCUAUGACUGUGCAGCGAGGGAGAAGUAUGCUAUGAUGUUUGAUGAACCUGUGAUUUUACAAACUGGUUGGUGGUAUGUGGCUUGGGCUCGGGUUUCUGGCCCAAGCAGUGACUGUGGUUCACAUGGGCAGGCCUCAAUCACCACAGAUGAUGGAGUUGUUUUUCAAUUCAAAAGUUCAAGGAAGUCAAACAAUGGUACAGAUGUCAAUGCAGGACAGAUCCCUCAGCUGUUAUACAGACUACCUUCGAGUGAUGGGAAUGCUACAAAGGGGAAACCGCAAGCAAGUGAACCUGUUCAUAUUUUGAAACGAUCUUUUGCGAGGACAGUUUCUGCUGACUGUUUUGAGUCAUUGCUGAAUAUUCUGCACUGGAGCUGGACUACCUUGCUACUAGGCGUUGAAGAACUUCGGGGGCUCAAGGGCUUUCAGUACACAGCAACCCUUCUAGACUUGGAGAGGCUCAAGUUUGUUGGCACAUGUUGUCUGAGACUACUGCGUGCGUAUACAUGUGAAAUAUACCCUGUUUCAGGUAGUACAAAGGCAGUUGUGGAAGAAACAAGUAGACUGGCAGAAUGCAUAGGGAAGACCAGAACACUCCUAAGGAAGAUAUUAUCAGAAGGAGUUGACCACUGGAUGGUAAAACUGGACAAUGACCCUCAGGGAUAUCAUAUCCAACCAAUGAGUUUACUUGAGGCAGUUCUUCAGGAGUGUCACAACACCUUCACUGCCUGUUUUCAUUCAUUCUACCCCACUCCUGCUUUGCAGUGGGCUUGCCUUUGUGAUUUGCUGAAUUGCUUGGAUCAGGAUAUCCAGGAAGCAAAUUUCAAGACAUCAAGUAGCCGACUUCUUGCCGCUGUUAUGUCUGCUCUCUGCAACACAUCAGUGAAGCUCACCUCUAUCCUUCCCAUAGCCUAUGAUGGAGAGGUCUUGCUGCGAUCACUAGUUAAACAAGUCAGCACAGAGAAUGACUCUGCUUUGGCUCACCGCUUUCCUCUUCUGGUAGCACAUAUGGAGAAACUCAGCCAGAAUGAAGAGAAUGUCAUGGGGAUGAUGAGCUUUCGAGAAGUGCUGGAGAAGAUGCUGGUCAUUGUUGUAUUUCCAGUCAGAAACAGCCUCAGACGGGAGAAGGAAUUUUUCUCUUCACAUCUUGUCUCUAAUACUUGCGAGCUGCUUGCAAGUAUUGUAAGUGAACUUACAGCUUCUGCACUUGGAUCAGAGGGAGAUGGGCUAAGCUCUCUUCACUCUGUAAAAGCUAGCCCAAGUCGAUUCACCAAAACAAGCCAGGGAAGAAGCUGGAAUACUGGUAAUGGAUCUCCUGAUGCCAUCUGUUUCUCUGUCGACAAGUCUGGAGUGGUGGUUGUAGGCUUCUGUGUCUUUGGCGGUGGAGGAAUCCAUGAGUAUGAAUUAGAAUUGCUAGUUGAUGAUAGUGAACAUGCUGGAGAUGCAGGCCAUUCUCAUAGAUGGACGUCUCUGGAACUGGUUAAAGGAACUUACAGCACUGAUGAUUCAUUGAGUGAUAUUGCUGAAAUUCGACUGGAUAAAGCAGUACCCGUGAAAGAGUGAAUUUGAUGGCGAUUUGCAGUCCCAGCUUCUAAAUAAAGCUAAUGAAGAAGAUAAAAACUGCAAUCGAGCACUGUCUGUAGCAUGUGCUGUCAUACGGGCUGCUAAAGAUCUUCUGCACCGAGCACUGGCUGUUGAUGCUGAUGAUAUUCCAGAGAUAUUGAGUUCUUCAAGCUUAUUUUCUAUGCUGCUUCCUCUGAUCCUAGCUUCCACUGGGCCUGUGGCUGCAACUAUCCCAAAGGCUGCAGUAGAAGUAUUCAGUUUAGUACAGCAGCUUCUUCCUCCUGUAGCAGCUUUGAACCAGAAGUACACCCCACCAGCAUUUAAUCCAAAUCAAUCCACAGAUAGUACCACUGGAAACCAGCCAGAACAGGGACUUUCAGCUUGCACCACUUCCAACCACUAUGCUGUAAUAGAAUGUGACCACCCUUACAAGCAAGCGUCUAUCACUCAGUACAAGGUGGCUUUUCCAGAGUGUGUUAGAUGGAUUACAGUUGAGUUCGACCCUCAGUGCGGUACUGCCCAAACUGAGGAUGUUCUCCGCUUGAUGAUUCCUUGUAGAACUUUCCAGAGCAUGGGUGUCAGUCCAAAGCAUACAGCAGUUCAUGAAAGCCUCAACACAUGGGUAGAACUGAAGAAAUUCUCAGGAACUUCAGGAUGGCCUUCUAUGGUGUUGGUAUUACCAGGAAAUGAAGUUCUGUUUUCCCUGGAAACUGCAUCAGACUAUGUAAAGGAUGAGAAGGCUUGCUUGUAUGGUUUCAAGUGUAUUGCAAUUGGUUAUGAAUUCAGUUCUGGUUCUGAUGAGGGAAUUGUACAGCUAGAAAAAGAACUGUCUUAUUUGGGAGGUGUGUGUGCAUCAGCCUUAAUGAAGAAGGAUCUUGCUCUUCCUAGUGGUAAUGAUUUAGAUGAAGAUCUUGAGAUUCUUGAAGAAGCAGCUUUGCAGGUAUGCAAAUCACACACUGGUAUUCUUGGAAAGGGGCUGCUGCUGUCACAUUUUCCAACUAUCCUUGAAGCUCUUGAGGGCAAUCUUCCCAUUCAGCUGCAAAGUAAUGAACAUUCCUUCCUUGAGGACUUCAUUGCCUGUGUGUCAGGAUCCAGUGGGGGACGGCUAGCCAGAUGGCUGCAACCUGAUUCAUAUGCUGAUCCACAGAGGACGUCAUUGCUGCUGAACAAAGAUGACAUCAGAUGUGGUUGGCCAACUACUGUUACAGUACAGACCAAAGAUCAGUAUGGUGAUGUAGUGCAUGUUCCAAAUAUGAAGGUUGAGGUGAAAGCUGUUCCUGUUUCCCAGAAGAAGAGCUCAGUCCAACAAGAAAAUAUUAAAAAGUUCCAGCGUAUUCCUGGCAGUCCUGCCACAGUUUCCUCAGGAAAUGACUUGACGUUUGGUGGACUUCCACAUCCCAAACUGGAAGCUUCAUAUGAACCCAUGAUAGUGAAAGAAGCUCGCUAUAUUGCAAUAACUAUGAUGAAGGUAUAUGAAAAUUAUUCUUUUGAGGAGCUACGUUUCGCUUCUCCAACACCAAAAAGACCAAGUGAGAAUAUGCUCAUCAGAGUGAAUAAUGAUGGUACCUACAGUGCAAAUUGGACACCUGGUGCUGUUGGCCUGUACACUAUUCAUGUAAUCAUUGAUGGCAUAGAAACAGAUGCUGGGUUGGAAGUCGAAGUCAAGGAUCCGCCAAAAGGAAUGAUACCUCCAGGAAUGCAGCUAGUUAAACCAAAGGCAGAACCUCAGCCCAGUAAGGUUCGCAAAUUUAUGACCAAGGACAGUGCAGGGCUUCGCAUCCGUAGUCACCCCUCACUUCAGAGUGAGCAGCUAGGCUUAGUAAAACUCCAUGGAACCAUCACUUUUGUUGAUGAGAUCCACAAUGAUGAUGGUGUAUGGCUGAGACUGAAUGAUGAGACUAUAAAGAAGUAUGUUCCUAACAUGAAUGGUUACACUGAAGCUUGGUGCCUCUCUUUUAAUCAACACCUUGGCAAGAGCCUUCUGGUCCCUGUUGACACUGUCUUUAAUGCUAGCCAAGGAGUCAGGGAUAUGGACUUUUUGUCAUGGACUUCCAAAGCUGUGUGUCCCAAGGAGUCUAGACCUACUGUGGAGGAUUGUUUUAAAGAUGUGAAUUCUCACUAUGCUCAUGAAGUAUUGAUGAGAGAGCUGGACAGGCCCUUCCAGCAUGGUGGACCUGGAGUGUAUAAAGUAGUGAAGACUGGUCCUUCAGGUCACAACAUCCGAAGCUGCCCUAACCUUAGAGGUAUCCCAAUUGGAAUGUUAGUUCUGGGAAACAAAGUCAAAGCUGUGGGAGAGGUGACCAAUUCAGAAGGGACUUGGGUGCAGCUGGAUAAGAACAGCAUGGUAGAGUUCUGUGAGAACGAUGAAGGCGAGGCAUGGUCACUGGCUAGAGAUCGAGGAAACAACCAGUACCUCCGACAUGAAGAUGAGCAAGUUCUUCUGGACCAAGGUGCUCAGACACCCCCUCCAAGUCCUUUUUCCAUUCAGGCAUUCAGCAACAACUCAUCUGGCAACGCUGCAUCUCAAGGAUUUGACUAUGGUAUUGUAAAUGGCAAAGGUGACCAACUGAGUGCCAUACUGAAUACCAUUCAUUCCGGGCCUCUCGUCCCAUCUCCUUCCUGCUUUGAUCAAGCUGCCAAACCUCCCUCUUCCCUUGUUCAGAUCCCAUUUGUAUUUGGACAGCCCCUUUCCUUCCAGCCGUCUCAGUCUUCACUUCCGAAAUCUCCAUCCCGCAGUCUUGCUUCUCGUGAGCGCAUUUUCAAAAGUAAUGGUGUUGCUGGGCCUGCCUCUGCACUGUCAUCUUUGUCUCACAAGCAAAAGGGUGAGAAAGGAAAUGUUGGAAAUGCUGGCAGACCUUCAUCACCCGCUGGAAAACCUGAUCUGUCUUCAAGACACAGGGCUGAAAAUAGAUCUCCAAAACCAGAUGGACGCUUAAGUAGAGCAGCUGCAGACCAGAAGAAGCCCCGGAGCACAGAUGGCUUAUCUGCUAGUGAAUCCCUGAUGCUGAAGUCCGAUGCUGCAAAGUUAAGAUCAGAUUCCCACAGCCGGUCUCUCUCUCCAAACCAUAAUACCCUUCAAGCUUUGAAAACUGAUGGGAAGACAUCAUCUGGUGUGAGAGCAGAAUCUCCAACUCCAGGUUCAAGAUCAUCAUCUCCAAAACCAAAAGUUUCUUUGGCAGGUAAAUCUGGCUCAUCUUCUCCACAUGAAAAAAAUCUACCUCAAAAGACUAAUUCAUCAGCUAAAGUAAAACUAGAACCUCCUCGUGAAAGAUCCAAAUCAGACUCUUACACACUGGAUCCAGAUACUCUUCGAAAGAAGAAAACGCCCUUAAAUGAGCCACUGCGUGGCAGGUCUACAUCACCUAAGCCAAAACUUUUACCCAAAGAUACAAAAUCCUCUGAUGGCACUGAAAACAGAGCGCCAUCUCAUGUUGUACAGGAAAAUCUUCACAGUGAAGUAGUUGAGGUUUGUAGCUCUAGCACUUUAAAAGCCAGUGGUAAUACAGAUGGUAUUGUUGAAGAAAACUGUGAGUCAAAAAAUGGAGAGGAUGUGUCUGGUAGAGUUCACUUCAGUAUUGGGAAGGCUCCUUCGAAAGAUGAACAAGACAUCAGAGCAUCUCCAAAAGCAAGUCGAAAGAGUGCAGGUAGGCAUGUGCGUCCCAAAAAAGAGAAGACUGGCUUACUUUUCAAGGGAGACUGUGCUAGACCUAUUGAGCCAGCUAAGCAGGCAAUGUCACCUUCCGUGGCAGAAUGUGCACGUGCAGUGUUUGCAGCAUUUUUGUGGCAUGAAGGCAUAGUACAUGAUGCUAUGGCUUGUUCUUCAUUUUUAAAAUUUAAUCCUGAGCUUAGUAAGGAGCAUGCACCAAUAAGAAGCAGCCUCAGCAGCCAUCAUUCUACAGAUGAAAAAGAAAAUAAAGUGAAGAACAGGCAUUCAAUAGAAAUAUCUUCUGCUCUUAACAUGUUCAACAUUUCUCCUCAUGGCCCAGAUAUUUCUAAAAUGGGCAGUAUUAACAAAAAUAAGGUAUUUUCCCUGCUCAAAGAACCUCCAUUGCAUGAGAAAUGUGAAGAUGGCAAAGUUGACUGUGGUCCAUGUGAGGCCACAAGUCAGCAGACUUUGAAGUCUAAGUCCAUUCUUCCCUUGACUUUGCAGCACCUAGUGUCAUUUUGGGAGGACAUAUCUCUAGCCACAAUAAAAGCAGCUACUCAGAAUAUGAUUUUUCCAAGUCCUGGUUCAAGUGCUGUGUUAAAAAAAAAGGAAAGUGAAAAAGACAAUAAAAAAGGCAAAAAAGAAAAAAAGAAGAAAGAGAAGGUGGAGGUCCGCCCCAGAGGAAAUCUUUUUGGAGAAAUGGCUCAACUUGCUAUGGGAGGCCCUGAGAAAGAUACCAUUUGUGAAAUGUGUGGAGAAUCUCAUCCAUACCCUGUUACAUAUCACAUGAGGCAAGCCCACCCAGGUUGCGGACGUUAUGCUGGUGGUCAAGGCUAUAACAGUAUUGGUCAUUUCUGUGGAGGAUGGGCAGGAAAUUGUGGAGAUGGUGGCAUAGGAGGAAGCACAUGGUACUUGGUGUGUGAUCGAUGCAGAGAAAAGUAUCUUCGGGAAAAACAAGUGGCAGCAAGAGAAAAGGUAAAACAGUCUAGAAGAAAACCUGUGCAGGUAAAAACUCCUCGUGCCUUGCCCACCAUGGAAGCUCACCAGGUGAUUAAAGCCAAUGCCCUGUUUUUAUUGUCUCUGAGCAGUGCUACAGAACCAAGCAUUCUUUCUUAUCUUCCUUCAAAACCAUUCCCAUCUCAGCUUCCUAGCCUAAGGGAGGGAGUUUCAGAAGAUCUUUCCAGUAAAACCUCAUGCCUGUAUCUACAGACCCUAGCUAGACACCAUUCUGAAAACUUUGGUGGCUACCAGGAUGAUAACCUUUUCCAGGAUGAAAUGAGAUACCUUCGUUCGACAUCUGUGCCUGCACCUUAUAUCUCAGUUACUCCAGAUGCCUGCCCUAACGUCUUUGAGGAGCCAGAGAAUAACAUGAAAUCUAUGCCUCCCAGUUUGGAGACAAGUCCAAUAACUGACAGUGACACAGCAAAACGCACAGUCUUCCAGCGGUCAUAUUCAGUUGUUGCCUCAGAGUAUGACAAGCAGCAUACUAUUUCCCCAGCACGAAUAAAAGCUAUCCCUAGGAGGAGAGUUAACAGUGGAGAUGCAGAAGUGGGUUCUUCCUUACUGAGGCAUCCAUCACCUGAACUGUCCAGAUUAAUCUCUGCACAUAGCUCUCUAUCAAAGGGGGAACGGAACUUUCAGUGGCCUGUCUUAGCUUUUGUUAUUCAGCAUCAUGACCUGGAGGGACUGGAGAUUGCCAUGAAGCAUGCUUUACGAAAGUCUGCAUGUAGAGUAUUCGCUAUGGAGGCUUUUAACUGGCUGCUGUGUAAUGUUAUCCAAACAACUGCUCUUCAUGAUAUUCUGUGGCAUUUUGUGACAUCAUUAACACCUGUGCCAGCUGAGCCUGAGGAGGAAGAUGAUGAAGAAAAUAAAGCCAAUAAAGAAAAUGCUGAACAGGAAAAGGACACACGAGUAUGUGAACACCCACUGUCGGACAUUGUGAUUGCUGGUGAAGCAGCUCAUCCAUUACCUCAUACUUUCCACCUUCUCCUUCAGACCAUCUCUGAUCUCAUGAUGUCACUCCCUUGUGGCAGUGCUCUUCAGCAGAUGGCCCUGAGGUGCUGGAGUCUCAAGUUCAAGCAGUCUGAUCAUCAGUUUCUGCAUCAGAGCAAUGUAUUUCAUCACAUUAACAACAUUCUAUCCAAAUCUGAUGACGGCGAUAGUGAAGAGAGUUUUAAUAUAAGUAUUCAGUCGGGAUUUGAAGCAAUGAGUCAGGACCUUUGUAUAGUAACUUGCCUGAAAGAUUUAACCAGCAUUGUUGAUAUCAAGACAUCAAGCCGUCCUGCUAUGAUUGGUAGUCUUACAGAUGGAUCCACAGAAACAUUUUGGGAAUCUGGAGAUGAGGACAAGAACAAGACUAAGAACAUUACUAUAAGCUGUGUCAAGGGAAUCUAUGUGCGUUAUGUUUCUCUCCAUGUGGAUAAUUCUCGAGAUCUUGGGAACAAAGUAACAUCUAUAACUUUCCUGUCCGGCAAAACAGUGGAGGAUCUUUGCAGAAUUAAACAGGUUGAUCUAGAUUCUAGACAUAUUGGAUGGGUAACAAGUGAACUUCCGGGUGGAGACAGUCACAUCAUUAAAAUAGAACUAAAAGGACCAGAGAGCACACUAAGGGUGCGGCAGGUAAAGGUGCUAGGAUGGAAAGAUGGAGAAAGCAUCAAAAUUGCUGGUCAAAUAUCUGCAAGUGUUGCCCAGCAGAAGAACUGUGAAGCAGAAACUCUUCGGGUUUUCCGACUUAUUACAUCCCAGGUUUUUGGAAAACUUAUUUGCGGUGAUGCUGAGCCAACUCCUGAACAGGAAGAAAAAGCACUUCUCUCUUCUCCUGAAGGAGAGGACAAAGCUGCUUCUGAUGCUGAUUUGAAGGAGCACAUGGUUGGAAUCAUUUUCAGCAGGAGCAAACUAACCAACUUACAAAAGCAGGUGUGUGCCCAUAUUGUUCAAGCCAUUAGAAUGGAAGCAACACGUGUUCGUGAGGAGUGGGAGCAUGCUAUUUCCAGCAAAGAGAAUGCCAAUUCGCAGCCCAGUGAUGAAGAUGCCUCGUCAGAUGCCUACUGCUUUGAGUUGCUUUCUAUGGUGCUAGCUCUUAGUGGCUCAAAUGUGGGCAGGCAGUACUUGGCACAACAGCUCACUCUUCUACAAGAUCUCUUCUCACUGCUGCACACAGCUUCCCCUAGAGUUCAGAGACAGGUAACAUCUCUACUAAGACGAGUCUUGCCUGAGGUGACUCCAGCUCGCCUUGCUAGUAUCUUAGGAGUGAAAUCUCUUCCACCAGCAGAUAUCAGUGACAUUAUUCAUUCUACAGAGAAGGGGGACUGGAAUAAGUUAGGAAUCCUUGACAUGUUCUUGGGAUGCAUAGCCAAAGCACUUACUGUACAGCUAAAAGCCAAAGGAACCACAAUAACAGGAACAUCUGGCACAUCUGCAGGAAAAGGGGUUACCACAGUAACACUACCAAUGAUUUUCAAUUCCAGCUACAUUAGACGAGGUGAAAGUCACUGGUGGAUGAAAGGCUCCACUUCAACCCAGAUCGCAGAGACUAUCAUUAAAUUAGUGAAGGAUAUGGCUGCAGGUCAUUUAUCAGAAGCCUGGUCUCGUGUAACUAAGAAUGCUAUUGCAGAAACUAUCAUUGCUUUAACCAAGAUGGAGGAAGAGCACCGGUCACCAGUGCGGUGCAUUGCAACUACUAGGUUAUGGCUGGCCUUAGCUUCAUUGUGUGUUCUUGAUCAAGAUCAUGUUGAUAGACUCUCUUCUGGAAGGUGGAUGGGAAAGGAUGGACAGCAGAAGCAGAUGCCGAUGUGUGACAAUCAUGAUGAUGGCGAAACAGCAGCAAUCAUCUUGUGUAAUGUCUGUGGAAACUUGUGUACAGAUUGCGACAGAUUCCUUCAUCUUCACAGGCGAACAAGAACACAUCAGAGACAGGUAUUUAAAGAGGAGGAGGAGGCUAUCAAGGUGGAUCUUCAUGAAGGGUGCGGCAGGACAAAACUUUUUUGGCUUAUGGCUUUAGCAGACUCCAAAACUAUGAAGGCAAUGGUAGAAUUUAGAGAACACUCAGGUAAACCUACUUCUAGUACCUCUGAGGCCUGUCGAUUUUGUGGCUCUAGAAAUGGAACAGAACUGCUAGCUGUUGGCAGUGUUUGCUCAGAUUCAGAUUGCCAGGAGUAUGCAAAAGCAGCCUGCAGUAGAACAUUGCCUUGUGGUCACUUAUGUGGUGGUGUAAAGAAUGAAGAGCACUGUUUGCCUUGUCUGCAUGGCUGUGAUAAGAGUACCUCAAGCCUUAAGCAAGAUGCAGAUGAUAUGUGCAUGAUUUGUUUUACAGAGGCACUGUCAGCUGCUCCUGCACUUCAGUUGGAAUGUAGCCAUGUGUUCCAUUUGCACUGCUGUCGACGGAUUCUUCAAAACCGGUGGGUUGGUCCCAGGAUAACAUUUGGAUUUAUGGCCUGUCCAAUAUGCAAGAGCAAGAUCAGUCAUUUAGUGUUAAAGGACCUGCUUGAUCCCAUUAAAGACCUGUAUGAGGAUGUAAGGAGAAAAGCUCUUAUGAGGUUAGAAUAUGAAGGCCUGCAUAAGAGUGAAGCUAUCACAGUACCUGGUGUUCGCUUUUACAGUGAUCCUGCUGGAUAUGCCAUGAACAGAUAUGCUUACUAUGUCUGCUACAAAUGCAGAAAGGCAUAUUUUGGUGGAGAAGCUCGCUGUGAUGCAGAAGCUGGCCUAGGGGAUGAGUAUGAUCCCAAAGAACUCAUCUGUGGAGCAUGCUCAGAUGUAUCUAGAGCACAGAUGUGUCCUAAACACGGUACAGACUUUCUGGAAUACAAAUGUCGUUAUUGCUGCUCUGUGGCAGUGUUUUUCUGCUUUGGAACAACUCACUUUUGUAAUGCCUGUCAUGAUGACUUUCAGAGAAUUACAAGCAUCCCUAAAGAUGAGCUUCCACGUUGUCCUGCAGGACCUAGAGGUAAACAGCUUGAAGGUACAGAGUGUCCACUUCAUGUUCUCCAUCCACCCACUGGUGAAGAGUUUGCUCUUGGUUGUGGUGUUUGCAGAAAUGCUCACACAUUUUGACUAAUGUAAAUUUACCACAGAAAAGCUGACUUGCCUAGUGGCUCAUGGAGUAUACAGACUGCAGCCCCCUGUGCAGCAAGACAAAUCUGAGAAAAGGAGCAACUCUGAGCUUUAGAACAGAUGCCAAAAUAGUGUACAUAUUCCCUGCAUUGAGAUUGCCCUAAUUUUAACAGACAUAAAAAUUUGGUGUUUGCAUGCAGCCGCUAUACUCCUCGGCUAAGAUGCAGUGCACAGAAUCAGAUGACCAAUGAUAUAAUGACUGCUUUGAAAAUACUGUUGGUAACUAAGGAAAGACUCAGUGAUGCCAACUUCCAGACUUUGUAAAACAUUUUAAUAUAAAUUGUUGAUUAAUGUAUACUGACUUUUUUGUAAUGCUGUACAAAUUGUAUCUGCAUCACGGGUGAAAAAAAGAGAGGUAUCUUUUGGUUUAUUUCCUAGACUGUUAUAAACUUUGUGUUAAGAUGGCGGAUAAAUGUAAUGAUUACUACACUGUAUAUAAUGUUAUAAAUGUUUUGUCUUACAUCAGAAUUGCUACAGUAUGUUAUAAUGCAAUUUCAUUUAAACUUCUGGGUUACAUUUUGAGCCUGAAAUUUUAAUGAAGUGCAAUACAAAGUGUGCCUCAUAUCCUGCAGCUGUAAACAUAUGGAAUGUACAUGUCAAAUAAAGCCACUGUACAUUUUUAUACAUUGAAAUGUUUGGUGACUGAUUAUGGCUGUAUUUAUUAACCAAUGGUUUCUAAUAAACCAAGAAUUAAAAAAAUA